AUGACCACGUUACUGCCAAUCAAAUUUCAGGAGCAUUUGCUCCUCCAAAAUUUGGGCAUCAAUGCAACAAAUAUUGGCUUUGCCACGCUGACAAUGGAAUCAGAUAAGUUCAUAGUGGUUCGCGAAAAGGUUGGUGAGUCAUCGCAAGUGGUCAUCAUCGACUUGAAUGAUAUCACGAAUCCGUUGAGAAGGCCAAUCACCGCAGACUCGGUGAUCAUGAAUCCAGCCACGAAGGUGCUGGCGCUGAAGUCGGCCAAAACAUUGCAAAUCUUCAACAUUGAAUUGAAAUCAAAAAUGAAGGCGCACAACAUGCCCGAGGAUGUAACGUUCUGGAAGUGGGUGAACGUGAAUACGAUCGCGUUAGUGACCGAAACAGCCGUCUAUCACUGGUCAAUGCAAGGUGACUCGGCUCCAACGAAAAUGUUCGAACGUCAUUCAACGUUGAGCGGUUUUCAAGUGAUCAACUACCGUGCCGAUGCUGAAUGUAAAUGGCUUGUGCUGAUCGGUAUUGCUGCUAAGGACAAUCGUGUGGUGGGCGCAAUGCAGCUGUACAGUACGGAACGUAAGGUGUCGCAGCCAAUCGAAGGUCAUGCGGCAUGUUUCGUUUGUUUCAAAGCUGAAGGCAAUCCGCAUCCCAGCAAUCUGUUCUGUUUCUCGUUGCAUAUAGUUGAAUUAGGCACACCGGUAUCGGGAAAUCAGCCAUUCCAAAAGAAACAGGUCGAUGUUUAUUAUCCGGCAGAAGCUGCUGCCGAUUUUCCAGUCGCCAUGCAGGCUGCACCGAAACACGGCAUCGUUUAUUUGGUGACCAAGUAUGGCUACGUUCAUUUGUAUGACAUCGAGACUGGAACGUGCAUCUACAUGAACAGAAUCUCGUCGGAUACUAUUUUCGUUACCACUGAAUACACCGCGACCGAGGGUAUUAUGGGUGUGAAUCGGAAGGGACAGGUGCUAUCAGUGAGUGUCGAUGAGCAGAAUAUGAUUCCGUACGUGACACAAACGCUACAAAAUCCAGAUCUUGCGCUUAAACUUGCGGUUAGAUGCGAUUUGCCGGGCGCUGAGGAGUUGUUUGUGCGUAAAUUUAACUUGUUAUUCGGUAACGGUAACUACUCUGAAGCUGCAAAAGUGGCUGCAACUGCACCACAGGGUAUUCUUCGAACCCCGCAGACAAUUCAAAAAUUCCAACAAUGCCCAGUGAAGGGUCCUGGACCAACCCCACUUCUGCAGUACUUCGGUAUACUGCUGGAUCAAGGACAGCUGAACAAGUACGAAACGCUUGAGUUGUGUAGACCUGUGCUGCAACAGGUGGGUAGAGAGAACUUAGAAGCAGUCGCAUUGAAAAUUCACUUGAUCUUUCAGGGCAGGAAGCAGUUGCUAGAGAAGUGGCUUACCGAGAGUAAGCUGGAUUGCAGUGAAGAACUUGGAGACCUGGUACGUCCGCAUGAUCCGAAUUUGGCACUGUCAGUCUAUCUUCGUGGGAAUGUACCACAUAAGGUGGUGCAAUGCUUCGCGGAAACAGGACAAUUCGAUAAGAUCAUUUUGUAUGCGAAGAAAGUGAAUUUCGAGCCAGAUUAUUUGUUCCAACUGAGGCAAGUGCUUCGAACGAAUCCAGAUAUGGGUGCAAAAUUCGCGCAAAUGCUUGUUACUGAAGGCGAUGGUGAACCACUUGCAGAUAUCAAUCAGAUCGUGUCGUGUUUUGAAGAAGUGCAAGCGAUCCAACCGUGCACAUCGUUCUUAUUGCAAGUACUAGAAGGUGACCGUGAAUCUGAAGGACAUUUGCAAACAAAGCUCUUGGAAAUGAAUCUGAUGUAUGCGCCGCAGGUGGCUGAUGCGAUACUGGGUAAUAAGAUGUUCACACAUUAUGAUCGCGCAGCAAUCGGUCAACUCUGCGAGAAGGCUGGUCUGUUGCAAAGAGCGUUGGAGCAUUUCACCGAUCUGUACGAUAUCAAGAGAACUGUCGUGCACACUCAACAUCUUAAACCUGACUGGUUGGUGAGCUAUUUUGGUCAGUUGUCGGUGGAGGAUUCGUUGGAGUGUCUGAAAGCAAUGCUGCAAACGAAUAUGCGUCAAAAUCUGCAAAUAGUGGUGCAGAUCGCGACCAAGUAUCACGAACAACUGACCACCAAUGCGUUGAUUGAUCUGUUCGAGUCAUUCAAAAGCUACGAGGGAUUAUUCUAUUUCCUCGGUUCCAUCGUGAACUUCUCACAAGAUCCAGAAGUUCACUUCAAAUAUAUCCAGGCAGCCACUCGAACUGGGCAGAUCAAGGAAGUGGAACGCAUAUGUCGUGAGUCGAACUGCUAUGAAGCCGAACGAGUGAAGAAUUACUUGAAGGAGGCGAAACUCACCGACCAAUUACCGUUGAUAAUCGUUUGCGAUCGUCACGAUAUGGUUCAUGACUUGGUGCUCUAUUUGUACAGAAACAACCUUCAGCGUUACAUCGAAGUGUUCGUACAAAAGGUGAACCCAGCACGUUUGCCGAUCGUUGUUGGUGGUUUAUUGGAUGUGGACUGUUCUGAGGACGCAAUCAAACAGUUGAUCAUAAACACUCGUGUGAAGUUCGACAUUGAUGAAUUGGUUGAGGAAGUGGAGAAACGAAAUAGGUUGGUUCUGAUCGAUAACGUCUCAAAUUUGGAUCGCGCAUAUGAAUUCGCUGAACGAUGCAAUGAGCCAGGUGUUUGGGCGUCGUUGGCCAAAGCUCAACUGAAAGAGGGUCUCGUCAAAGAGGCAGUUGACUCGUUCAUCAAAGCUGACGAUCCAACCGCUUAUAUGGAAGUGGUUAGCAAAUGCUCGGAAACGAAUAGUUGGGAGGAUUUGGUAAGAUAUCUACAAAUGGCACGUAAGAAGUCACGCGAAUCAUAUAUUGAAACUGAAUUGGUGUAUGCUUACGCAAAAACGAAUCGUCUUGCCGACUUGGAAGAAUUCAUCUCUGGACCGAAUCACGCUCAAAUUCAACAGGUUUGUUUCGCUUGUGUCGACAACGAGGAAUUUAGACUGGCACAAAUGUGUGGUCUUCAUAUUGUCGUUCAUGCAGAUGAGCUGGAAGAGUUGAAUAACUACUACCAGGAGCGAGGCUAUUUCGAGGAGUUGAUUGGACUGCUCGAGGCUGCGCUCGGCCUGGAACGGGCACAUAUGGGUAUGUUCACAGAGUUGGCUAUUCUCUACAGUAAAUAUAAACCUGAGAAGAUGCGAGAGCAUUUGGAGUUGUUCUGGAGUCGGGUCAAUAUCCCGAAGGUAGCGAACAUAGAAUUGUAUUAUAAAGCGAUGCAAUUCUAUCUGGACUAUAAGCCAUUGCUGCUGAAUGACUUGCUCAUUGUGCUUACACCAAGACUUGAUCAUUCGCGCACAGUUUCAUUCUUUACGAAAUGUUCGUUUUUUUUCGAAUGUGAUUCACAUCCUCUGUUCAGCAGUCGGCGUGUACAAAAUGCAAAAGUUUCAGUGAACCAACUUCCAUUAGUGAAACCGUAUCUGCGACAAGUUCAAACCCAAAACAACAAAUCACUGAAUGAAGCGUUGAAUCAAAUGUUGAUCGAAGAAGAAGAUUACGCCGGCCUGAAAGCAUCAAUCGAUGCAUACGACAACUUCGACAAUAUCGCGUUGGCACAACAACUCGAAAAGCACGAAUUACUGGAGUUCAGAAGAAUAUCCGCAUACUUGUUCAAGGGAAAUAAUCGUUGGAAGCAAAGUGUUGAGUUAUGCAAAAAGGAUAAACUCUAUAAGGAUGCGAUGGAAUAUGCGGCCGAAUCUCGUCAACCUGAAAUAGCCGAAGAGUUGUUAUCGUUCUUUUUGGAUAAUAAACUCUACGAUUGUUUUGCUGCAUCCUUGUAUCAAAUGUAUGACUUAUUACAUCCAGACGUAAUACUGGAACUGGCGUGGAAACAUAAAAUUAUGGACUUUGCUAUGCCGUAUAUUAUUCAAGUGAUGCGUGACUAUCAGACAAGGAUCGAGAAAUUGGAGCGUGCCGAGGCUGAACGAAAGGAGGAAACACGUGAAAAACAACAAACGAAUGGAGGAAUGAUGGAACCUCAGCUGAUGCUAACCUUUGGUGGUGCUGCACCGAUGGGUAACGUUCCACCGCAAAUGCCAAGCGUCUACGCUGCCCCAGGUGGUUCUUACGGCAAUUCUCCGGCCCCGGGCGCUGUCGUCUACGGCGCUGCCCCAAUGUACCCGGGCGGUAGUCCGUAUGCGAUGUAG